AUGAAACUUGGCAGAGCCCCCGGACCUGAUUUUAUAUCAGCAGAUUUUCUUCGGGCUGGUGGCCAUCCGCUUCAUGUAAUAUUAGCAGCGCACAUGAUAUCCUAUCUUCAGAAAGAAAGGAUCCCAGACCAGUGGAAGACCUCGCGAACCGUUCUUAUCCAUAAGAAAGUAUUCACCAAGAUAAUCCUCACGCGCAUAUCUAGGACGCUGGAUGAAGCCCAGCCUCAAGAACAAGCUGGAUUCCGAAAGGGGUUCAGCAGCUUGAACCACAUCCAGACCGUGUCGAGGGCCAUAGAGGUUUGCCGGGAAUGCCGCCUGCCCCUUGUUCUAGCCUUCGUCGACUAUGAGAAAGCCUUCGACAGCGUAGAAACAAAUGCAAUACUGUCACCGCUGGUCGAUGAAGGUGUGGACGCUUCGUAUGAGAAGACAUUAGCCAAUUGCUACGAACGAUGCACGACUAGGAUACAGCUUGUCCACCGCCCUCUCACCAUACCCAUUGGAAAGGGGGUACGACGAGGCGAUACUAUAUCGCCGAAGCUGUUCACGGCUGCAUUGCAGUGGAUGAUGAAAUCACUUUCCUGA